CCAAAGCGACGCCGACGGAAACAAAGACCACGAUACCGGAAGUAACACCUUCACCACUCCGAAAGGUAAGACGUUUCUAUCUUCUGAAACUGUGGAUACAUCAUCCGAAACCAUUGAUCACUCAGAUGAAACGCCUGUCAAGGUUCCUGUUGGCACACCGAGAAAGACAAACAGAUUUAGAAAAGCUGUCGAAAACUUUAUCAGCCCCUUCAGGACCCCAACUUCUACUGAAUCUCCACUGAACUCUAGCAAAAACGUGUUGGACUUUGAGAACACCCCGACUCCAUCGGACACUGUGGAAAAGUCAACUUCACACGACCACAUCACAAGAGAUAUCCAGAAACACUACACGGAUCUUGUUGACCUUGUUAAUACUCUACAGGUAGAAUUCAAGGCGUUAAAAGAUGAACAGGGUACACAAAAGAAUGAAUUUGAAAAGAAACUGAAAGCUGUCUCCGGUGAGUUGAAAAAACAGCUGGAAGAUGAACAGAAAAGGCAUGCAAAUGAAAGGAAGAGUGUGAACAGCCGCCACAAUGAAGAAAUGGCCACCCUCACGGCGAAGUGUGAAUCUCUCCAGUCCCUUGUUGAAAAACAGCAACAACAGAUUGCUAAACUGCAGGAGGUGACGGAUUCCAUUCAACUCUCCCAAUCCAUUUCAAAGAUGAGAACGUAUGCACAGACUGUGGCUUUGAACCCAGGUGCUCAUCAGGUUAGUGCUAAAAACUGUAUCUCCAAGGACAAUGGCACUAAUAAUGCCACUGAUGACAAAACAAUGGAUCCGGGUACAGCUCAUGCAAAUCAUACAACAACACAGCCAAGUACUGAAGAAGCCGACUCAGACCAAGGCGUUGAACUGACCCAACAGGUUCCGUCACAGGAAGGACCACAAGUCCCGACAGAGGAGUCAAAACAAGUCAGGGUGUACACGGACUCCAUAUGGAAAGCCGUCAAUGUCUCCAGAAUGUUUCCCAAUCUUUCGACACACAAAGACAAGACAUCUACAAUAUCCGACGCCACAAAGAAGCUAGAAACCAUCCACGACCCAGGAACAUCCUAUGCGAUUCUUCACAUAGGAUCUAACGACUUAGACAACUCCAAACAUGACGACUCUUCUGUACAAGACUGUCUGCAGAAAACAGAAGAGCUAGUCAGUAUUGCCAAAGCAUCAUUUCCAAACGCCACCAUUGUCUUGUCUCAGGUUCUCCCGAGAGGCCAUGACCUGCAAUCUGACCUGAACAAGAACAUCAAGGACUAUAACCAAUCUGUACUACAAAGAUACAAGGAUGAAGAGAAGCUGCUGUACGUACGUCACAAGAAACUGUCAACAUCUAGACAUCUCUACAGGCGCGAUGGGGUAUCAGGACAACUCGGCACCUGGGACGACUCGGCACCUAGCCAAGUGGAAAAGAUUCCAUAA